CGUUUGGACGCAACAUGCCGGUUGCGGGAAGCUGGGUUUGCCUGGCUCUCCUGGCGCUGGUGGGCGGCUGCGCGGGCGAUCCGGGGGGCUACAGGAGGAAGGUCUCUCUGGAAUACAACCCCGGCUUGAACAGCUCUGCCGUCAACCUCCUGCACAUCCGGGCCGUGGGUCUCAAUGACACCGUCCAUUACAUCUGGAGCACCAUUGGGGUGCCCACGGUGUUGCUGGUGUACACCCAGAGUGGGAGCAGCACCCUUCACGUCAACUGGACCACGCUCCUCUCCUCUUCGCCCUCUGGAGCCAUCUGGGUCGAACCAGCCUCAAGCAUCUUGUACUCCACAGCUUUCAUCUUUGCCAAGGUGUUUGAGUACAACGGCACCAAGUCCUCGGAUCUUUCCAAGGCGGACGCGGGCGACUUCUAUCCCACCUACGAUCUGGCCAACUUCACCUGGGAGAGCCUCGAGGGCCGACUGAACGAGACCGCCCUGACAGCUACCUUUCAGGGGGCCGGCUCAGAUCCCAGCGGAGCGUUUCGGAAUGGAAGUGUAUCCUUUCAGGUGACGGCCUACAGCGAGUCCAGCCGCGACGCCCCGCUGCCCCGCUUCCUGCACACGGCCAAUAGCUCCAAGGUCGCGUUCGUCAUGAACGGGGUGGCCCCCCGGGGCAACCACUCCCGUUUUGCCCUGGAGCUGGUCACGGUGGAAGACCGAGGCGGCCGAAAGGAGCUGCUCUCUCUCCGUUCCAUUGACGACGAGUAUACCCCGACGAUAUUCGAGAUGGCUCAGCUGGUUUCGAUGCCCCGCAACGGCAGCGCUGGCCAGAGCUUCCUCCAGUGGAAGACGGCAGCAUACAGCUCCGAGCACGCCCAGCGGGAAGACACCGUCCAUUGCCAGUAUUACCCUCUGCAAACGGUCAACCGCACCGUUCCCAGGCCAAGCAUAGCCCUCGCCUACUUCGGGGAGGAGCUGGAGAGGGACCAUGGCAUUGCUGCCGUCAACAUCUCCUUUGGCAGCGAUGACAACGAAGCCUACCAGGAAAAGGGCUACUUGCGCUGGUCAGCAUUGAUCGGCUUUGGAGAGCCCCCUGAGGACGUCUUCUCCCCUCUCGUGAUUGGGAUCCUUGCCGUGGCGCUGGGGACCCCAGUGGUGCUCUUGCUGGUGGGCAGCCUUGCCGUGGCUGCCAGGAGGAACCACCAGUAUUCCGACUACGAACCCAUCAACUGAUCGUCCCUCAACCAAACGUGGCCCGUGGCUGCAAUGACCAAAUUGGCUACGGACAGAUCUGUGGUCAGCCCCAGAGACCGCUGUUUCCGGGCGGGCGUUGCUUAAGACUUUCCGCAGGGCGCUUCCGCUUCUCUCGAACUCGGGUCCCUGACGGAGAUGGGCUGGUCUCCUUAGUACGUUCUUGUAUUGUUAAUAGAUUCUAUGGUGCUUCUUGGGAGGGGCUGUCUCUUGCUGCGGAGGAAGGAGAGGAACGUGUGAAUGUGCGUCUAGCAAUCAUUUCUCAAAACGGUCCCUUCUAUCACGGAAGCAGCCCUUGAGCAAAGAUGGGUUCAACAUUGUUCGCCCGGGAUGCAGGGACCCCCCGUGUUUACAGUAUAUUUUGCCCUAUCAGGGUUCUGCUUUUUCUUCGAUCAGCUCUGUCGGAGAAGCGAAAACGGUUUUUACCUCCCUCGCUUUUAUCGCCUUCCACCUUGUGAGAACCUUGCUUUCAAGAGCCGCGUUUCAGGGCCUUGAUUGCCCAUCCUGCUUCCUGCACGCACGUAACGGAACUGUCGUUUCGCGGAUCCGCGGGCACCUCUCUCAUCCCACGCACCCUCCCUCUCUCCCUUCCCUCUCAACGAUGCCGGAUUUCGACCGGCAUUUUUGGAACCGUAAAAAAAAAAAAAGAAUACUUCUGCCUUCCCCCCCCCCCUUUUAAAAACUGUCUUGCAUUAGCACAAGAGGCUACGUUAGUUUAGUGCUGCUCUGAAACGCCUCGCUCUUACGGUUGCCAGCUCCUUUCACGACUGAGGCUCCUCUGUCUUUAAAGAAUCCGUGACGGGAGAGGCUGGAACAAGUUCCUCUCGCUGCGAAUCUCUCUCAAAAGCUGCAUCGUUGGGAUUUCGCCCUGGGACGCGGCUGUCGAAAGCGCAGGAUCACCAAAAUGGAAGGAAAGAAGAGUUGGCAGCACGUUUCUUUAAAAGGGAUAAACCACUAAUUAGGGUGUUUACAGGCUGCUGCCCACCAAAAAGACAAAAUUGCACUAUUGAUGCUUAAAUCAAACACUUUUUCUUCUAAAACGGGUGGACGGCUUUGGGAGUCUUGGGGGGGGCAUUUUUGUCCUCCUGGACGCCCCCCCCCAACAAGCUGCAGUCUUGGGGUGCCCUACAUUUUUUAAAAUACAUUUUUAAGGGGGGAUGUUUCCAGAGUAUUACGGAAUGGCAAAAUAAUUCAAUUCAGUGCUCUAUAGUGCUAUGGAUGCCGUUUUUUUCUUUAUUCCUCCCUCUGCCCCCACUGAAUUUGGCCACAUGUGUUGCCUCCCCCUGUUCCAAAAUCUAACUCCUUCCUGUACACCCCACCACACACUGGAAACGUAAUGGUUAUAUCUCUCCUUUCCCUGUUCCACAGGGGAUGGUUCACCUAAUCUCUCCUCUCUGCUGCUCUCCUGAGGUUGAAGAAGGAUUAGGCUGAGUCCAGGACCUGGCAGGAUUGGACCCUCUGAAAAGUUAGCAGGCCCCUGGCUGCCGCGCAAACCUGUCCAGGGUGGCCAUCGACCGCCUUGGCCCUGCGUCGCCAGGGCUAAUUUAGACCAUCAAGCCAAGUUGAGUUAAGCAAGCAUUGUUACGCUCGAUUUAGGCAUUGUUGGCUGGGGCAUGCUGGGAGUUGUAGUCCAACACACCUGGAGGAGGCCCAGCUUGGGCAAAGGUGCCAACACCAAAACUUUAGCAUCUAAUCCAAAAACUUGGAGAAACGGGUGUGGUUGGUGGCAGAAGCCAUGGGCCCACCUGCCCCGAGACACGGCCGCCAUCUUGAAUCUCACUCAAUUCCGGGCCAUUGGGUUGUACUCUUCAGGGUCGGUGUUGAGCCCCGCUCUAGGCCAUGUCGCCUGAGAGGCAUGUGAUGAACAGAAACCAGUCCAGACUUCUCAUUCAGAAAGGGGUGGGUGGGCUUCUUUCAAGGGGGAA